CUGAGAAAAUUGGUAAAUCCGGGCCAAAUCGUACCACCCCUUCUCGGCCAAACCCCCUCCGCCUUCACUCCUCCGCACUGGCAGCGACGAUCAGAGCUAUUGCAAGUAGUUUUCUGAAACCCUAGCACUCGAAAUGGAACCCUCUAAGUCGAAGAGGAAGAGGGGCCGCAAAUCCACGAAGCCUGUCGCGGAGACGAUGGAUCUGCAACUCCCAUCGUCCUCCCUGGCAGCCGACGAGGCCCAGGUCUCGCCCGCCGACUCCUCGCCACCAACCACCUCCCGCCUACCUCGUGGCCGGCCGCGUAAGACUCGCCAAAACAGCAUCCCUGAAGAUGAUGUCGCCGGCGGGGACAACAAACUGCAGCCUUCGUCUCUUAAACGCGGGCCGCAUCACAUCUUCUCGAGCAACGGCGAGCGCGCUGAUUUGGUGAUGGUAUCCGCCGCAGGGGAGCCACCGCCGAGGUGGGACCAGGUUGUUAAGGCAGUUCCGUCCAUGGACGCGGUGGUUAAAGUGUUCUGCGUGCACACGGAACCCAAUUUUUCUCUGCCAUGGCAGCGGAAGCGCCAGUACAGCUCGAGCAGCAGCGGGUUCAUCAUUGGAGGCAGGAGGGUGCUGACGAAUGCACACUCGGUGGAGCAUUAUACGCAGGUUAAAUUAAAGAAGAGGGGCUCUGAUACGAAGUACUUGGCGACGGUGUUGGCAAUUGGCACCGAGUGUGAUAUAGCCAUGCUGACAGUAAGUGAUGAUGAAUUCUGGGAGGGAGUUUCCCCAGUGGAGUUUGGUUCUCUGCCUGCACUCCAAGAUGCUGUUACUGUUGUUGGGUACCCGAUUGGAGGAGACACCAUCUCUGUUACCAGUGGUGUUGUGUCACGUAUGGAGAUCUUAUCAUAUGUUCAUGGCUCAACUGAGCUAUUGGGCUUGCAGAUAGAUGCAGCCAUAAACUCUGGAAAUUCUGGUGGUCCUGCAUUAAAUGAUAAGGGCAAAUGUGUUGGUAUAGCAUUUCAAUCCCUUAAACAUGAAGAUGUGGAAAAUAUUGGCUAUGUCAUCCCAACUCCUGUCAUUUUGCAUUUCAUUAAUGAUUAUGAAAAAUCAAGCGAGUAUACAGGUUUUCCCAUACUUGGGAUUGAAUGGCAAAAGAUGGAAAACCCGGAUCUGCGGAAGGCGAUGGGGAUGACACCUGAUCAGAAGGGUGUUCGCAUUCGUAGAGUAGAACCUACAUCACCGGAGUCGGAAUUUUUGAAACCAUCUGACAUUCUUUUGAGCUUUGACGGAGUUGACAUUGCUAAUGAUGGAACUGUUCCUUUCAGGCAUGGUGAGCGCAUUGGAUUUAGUUACCUUGUUUCACAGAAGUAUACUGGAGAGACUGCUUUAAUCAAAGUAUUACGCAAAGCUAAGGUUCAUGAGUUUAAGAUGAGACUUGCGACCCACAAGAAGCUUGUUCCAGCUCACAUAAAGGGCAGACCUCCAUCAUAUUACAUAAUUGCUGGGUUUGUUUUCACGGCCAUAUCAGUUCCAUAUCUUCGUUCUGAGUACGGCAAAGAUUAUGAAUAUGAUGCACCUGUGAAGUUGUUGGAGAAGCAUCUACAUGCAAUGGCGCAAUCACCUGAUGAACAGUUAGUAGUGGUUUCUCAGGUCCUUGUGGCUGAUAUCAACAUUGGUUAUGAAGAUAUUGUUAACACUCAGGUAGUUGCCUUCAAUGGAAAACCUGUCAAGAACCUUAAAAGCUUGGCGACUAUGGUAGAAAAUUGUAAUAGUGAGUUCCUGCAGUUUGACUUGGAGUAUGAGCAGAUUGUAGUCCUAGAGACGAAGACAGCAAAAGCAGCAACUCCAGAAAUUCUCACCACGCAUUGUAUUCCUUCUUCAAUUUCAGCUGAUCUGAAGUCUUGAAGCUAGCUACGCAGACGUGUUGUGCUGUUGUUGAGCUAUUUAUGGAGCAUUUUGGUUUUUUUUUUUUUAAAUUCUACCUCUUUCUUUUUUCUUUUUUAAUUCUACCACUCUCUUUGUUUUUUUUUUUCUUUCUUGUUGUUGUUCUAAAGGCCGUUCUUGUUCUGGGCCUUGUAGUUUUGGCAUGUAAUACUUGCAACUCUAGGGGAUGACGCCAGUUCCAGUAUUGAAAUUUUUUUAAGUAGUUGUCAACA